AUGGUCAAUGUACCUAAAACCCAAAGAACUUUCUGUAAGAAGUGUGGCAAGCAUCAGCCUCAGAAAGUGACCCAGUAUAAGAAGGGUAAGGAUUCCUUGCAUGCCCAAGGAAAGAGGCGCUGUGAUCGAAAGCAGAGUGGCUAUGGUGGGCAGACAAAGCCAAUUUUCCAGAAGAAGGCUAAAACCACAAAGAAGAUUGUGCUAAGGCUGGAAUGUGUUGAGCCUAACUGCAGAUCCGAGAGGAUGCUGGCCAUUAAGAGAUGCAAGUAUUUUGAACUGGGAGGAGAUAAGAAAAGAAAGGGCCAAGUGAUCCAGUUCUAA